AUGGAUCAAAUACAUCAGUCUGCCAACCAGGCACCCAUGGACAAGAAGCACCACGAGCCAGUGCCAGACAUGUUUGACAACAGCGCUGGCGAGAUGGCCGAGGUCGACAUGGAGAAGCAAAAGGCCGCUGAGGGCAACGCUCACUUCCACCGUCUUGGCUGGAAGCGAUUGACAGUUGUCUUGAUCGUCGAGGCUAUUGCUCUCGGUUGUCUGUCUCUCCCCUCUGCCUUUGCGACUCUCGGCAUGGUCGCUGGUGUCAUUCUCACUGUUGGUCUCGGCUUCGUCGCCAUCUACACCUCCCACGUCGUGGGUCAGGUCAAGCUGGCUUACCCCCAGGUUUCUCACUACGCCGACGCUGGAAGACUCAUGUUUGGCAGAGUUGGAUACGAGAUCGUUGGUGUCAUGUUUGCGCUUCAGCUCAUCUUCCUUGUCGGAUCCCACUGCUUGACAGGAACAAUCGCCUUCCUCAACCUCACUGACAACGGAGCAUGCUCUGUGGUGUUUGGUGUCGUGUCUGCGAUUAUCCUCCUCCUCGUCGCCAUUCCUCCUUCAUUCGCUGAGGUGGCCAUCCUCGGUUACAUCGACUUUGUCUCUAUUGCUCUCGCUGUUGGUAUCACCAUCAUCGCCACUGGUAUCCAGGCUGGACAGUCCGACGGCGGCAUGUCCUCUGUCGACUGGUCUGCUUGGCCCAAGGAAGGACUCAGCUUCACUGAGGCCUUUAUCGCCAUCACCAACAUUGUCUUUGCCUACUCCUUUGCUGUCUGCCAGUUCAGCUUCAUGGACGAGAUGCACACCCCUGGUGACUACGUCAAGUCUAUCUGGUCCCUUGGUCUGAUUGAGAUUGCCAUCUACACUCUUACCGGCGCUCUCAUCUACGCCUUUGUCGGUUCCGAGGUCAAGUCGCCCGCGCUUCUGUCCGCUGGUCCCCUCAUCUCCAAGAUCGCCUUUGGUGUCGCGCUUCCCGUCAUCUUCAUCUCCGGAUCCAUCAACACCACAGUCGUUGGUCGCUACAUCCACGGACGCGUGUUCAAGGACUCCAUCAUCCGCUACAUCAACACCAAGAUGGGUUGGAUCAGCUGGUUGGUCCUUGUCACCGUCAUCACGAUUGUUGCUUUCGUCAUCGCCGAGGCCAUUCCCUUCUUCAACGAUCUUCUGUCCAUCUCUUCAUCCCUGUUCAUUUCAGGCUUUACCUUUUACUUCCCUGCCAUCAUGUGGUUCAUGCUCAUCCGCAAGGGACCCUGGCACUCCAAGGAGAACCUUCUCCUCUCCAUCGCCAACGGCCUCAUCUUCAUUAUUGGAAUGAUCGUGCUUGUCGGUGGAACAUAUGCUUCAAUUGACGACAUUAUUCUCAAGUUUGACCACGGCGAUGUCCGGGGUGUCUUUACUUGCGACCCCAUUGCUUAA